AUGGGUGACUGGAAAAGCUACAUCAACACCAUCCUAAAGGAUAAGAACAUUGAAGAUGUAGCUAUCGUGGGGCACAGUGACAACAAAUCAGUGUGGGCUUCCAAGCCAGGGGGCCUACUGGCUGCUAUCUCACCUCAGGAAGUGGGGGUGAUCAUAGGCCAUGACAGGAACGGGUUUCUGCAGACUGGCAUCACCAUAGCUGGCAAGAAGUGCAGUGUGAUCCGCGACUACUUGCUUGUGGAAAAAGAUGCUGUGAUGGACACCAGAACCAAAGAGGGUGACAGCAAGUCCAUCUGUAUUGGCAAGACCCCCAGAGCCCUGAUCUUCCUCAUGGGCAAAAAUGGAGUCCAUGGAGGAGCCCUCAACAAGAAGGUCCAUGAGAUGAUUGCAAGCAUGAAAACCCAGAGUAGCUAG